AUGCCCUCAACCCCCUCCCAGGGGGGGGACUUCUGUCCUGCCUGUAAGAAGCUUCUGGAAGAUGCAGUGAUCGCUACAUGUGGACACGUCUUCUGUCAGUUGUGCCUGCCCUCACCUUCGCAGAUGGGGGCCCAACCCUCUGGCAGAGUGCUACUCUGUCCCCUGUGUGAAGAAAAGGAACAGGAGGAGCCCCUCCUGGUUCCAGUACCUCUGGGUCCUCUGGGGGAAACGUACUGUGAAGAGCAUGGAGAGAAGAUUUACUUUUUUUGUGAGAACGAUGCUGAGUUUCUAUGUGUGUUCUGCCGGGAAGGCUCCUCCCAUCAGACCCAUACUGUGCGUUUCUUGGAUGAAGCCAUUCAGCCCUACCGGGAUCGUCUCAGGAGUCGACUGGAGGCACUGAGCAAGGAGAGAGAUAAGAUUGAAAACACAAAGUGUCAAGAAGACCAAAAGUUCCAAGUGCUUCUGGGUCAGAUUAAAAGCAAAAAGGAGCAUGUGGAAGAGGCUUUUGAGAAAAUGCAGAAGGAGCUGUUGGAGCAGCAGUAUCUCCUAUUGUCCAAGCUGAGGGACUUGGAGCAGCAGAUCUGGAAUGAGAGGGAUGGAUACAUCUCAAAGGUUUCUGAAGAGGUCACUAGACUUGGACUUCAGGUCAAGGAGCUGGAGGAGAAGUGUCAGCAGCCAGCAAGUGAGCUUCUACAUGAUGUCAGAGUCAACCAGAGCAGGUAUGAAAUGAAGACUUUUGUGAGCCCAGAGGCCAUUUCUUCUGGCCUUUCCAAGAAGAUCCUGGAUCUCCACAGGAAAAUACUCAACCUUCCAGAGAUGAUGAAGACCUUCUCAGAAAAGUUGGUGCGUCAUCUGGGAACAGAUUCAGAGACCAUCGUUCUGGAUCCUCAGACAGCCAGCGCGAGCCUGGUCCUCUCCCAGGACAGAAAGUCAGUGAGGUACACCCGGCUAAAGCGACAACUGCCUGACAGUCCCCUACGCUUUGAGGGGCUCCCGGUGGUUCUGGGUUGCCCUGGCUUCUCCUCCGGGCGUCAUCGUUGGCAGGUGGAGGUGCAGCUAGGAGAAGGAGGUGGCUGCACUGUGGGGGUGGCCGUGGAGGAGGUGAAGAGGAAGGGGGACCAGGGCCUGAACACCAGCGACGGGGUCUGGGCGGUGAUCCUCUCCCAGCAGCAGUGCUGUGCUAGCACGUCCCCAGCAACCGACCUGCCGCUGAGUGAGAUCCCAAGCCAGGUGGGCGUUGUCCUGGACUAUGAGUUGGGCCAGUUGGCCCUGCUGGACGCUGAGACUCAGAAGCCCAUCUUCACCUUCAGUGCCUCCUUCUCUGGCAAAGUCUUUCCUUUCUUCGCCGUCUGGAAAAAAGGGUCCUGCCUUACUUUGAAAGACUGA